CCCCUUCGCUGGCUGGUCGCUCGCUUUGCUGUCUUUUAGGCUUCGCGGUAGAUGAGCGCAUGGCUGCGCAGGCUGGUCGCCACCGGCCACCAACGCUCGGAGGAGGACUAUGAGCUGCUCCCGUCCAACAGCGCAGGCUCGCCAGCGAGCGCGUUCAACAAGAAUCGACGGCGUUCGGCGCGAUCGCUGCUCUAUGCUUGUCUACAUCUGUUUACUGUUCGAAGGAUUGCUGUUGCGCUCGUGUCGAUACCGCUCUUGAUGGUCGUCGGCGUGCUGUGGUCGGGCGUCCCACCGAGUUACGAGGAUAUCAGGCUCUUUGAGAGGAACCUGCCGCAGCAUAACGUGUCGGCUGCGGUGGUGAAUGCUAGGACAGGCAACGAGCCGAAGUAUCUGAGGUUCCCGGGGCAUCUAUGGGGGCAUGGGUUGAACAACAUCUUGCAAGAAAUCCUCUUGAUGUCACAGCUCGCGUACCUAUCAAACCGCUCGUACGUCUUCGAAGACUACGUGUGGUCAAAACUCCCCUUUCCGUACACCAUCUACGACUUCGCGCUACGACCAACGCGCAUGCCCAUCAACGCAUUCAUCUCGGGGCCUAGCGCCGGCGGGCCCAUGUCCGGCCCCCAAGCGGUGAGUUCGGAGUUCUGGGACUCCGUCUGUCCAAAGGAGAAGCGGCGGAUUAUCACCACGGAAGGAGCGCCGCCGAGCAAGGGGACGGACGGCAGCGUGCUGAUGGACUGGUGGGUGCAGCGGCUCGCGAAGGUCGAGGAUAGCUGCGUCGAGAUAGAGCAGGAUUCGCUAACAGACCCUAUAUUCGACAAAUACCUCUUCGGCGGGAAGGAAAUCCUUUCACUGUGGCCAGGUCUCUCCGCCUCCCCCAUCCUCACCGAUUUCAUGUGGUCCCCCCUCGUACACUCCGCAAUCUUCCGAAACUUCCCGAUCCUCCAACCAUACUCCGCCAAGGUUCUCUAUGACUCUUCCACCUCGGGGGUCCUCCCUGGGCUCGUCGCCGUACACCUCCGCCGUGGCGACUUCAAACGGCACUGCGCGCGUCUCGCCGGCUGGAACUCGGAAUAUAUGGGCCUCAACCAGUUCCCGUCGCUGCCGGACAAGUUCGAUCCCACGCCGUAUAUCAACACGACUCGCGAGGACGAGAAGACGGAGUACUACUUCGAGCACUGCCUACCGACGACGGAGCAGAUUGUCGAGCGGCUACGUAAGGUGCGGGAGGACCACCCGAGCUUGAGCCGCGUCUACCUCCUCACGAACGGGUGGGGCUGGUGGCUUAACGGGCUCAAGGACGCGCUGCGCGAGGAUGGAUGGGCGGACGCGACAAGUUCGCUUGACAUUCAGCUCGACGCUGCGCAGAGCUACGUCGGUAUGGCCGUUGACAUGGCCAUUGCUGAAAAGGCGGAGGUGUUCGUAGGGAAUGGGUUUUCGAGUCUGUCAUCGAACGUGGUCAUGUUGCGUAUGGCGAAGGGCCUGGAGCCGGCGUCCAAUCGGUUCCUGUAGAGUCGUUAUGUUUUCUGCAUCGCAUUGUAUCAAUAAGUUAUGUACGGAUCCCGAUACCAGCUAUAAUAUCACUAUGUACAUUC